AGAUCUACAAUGCUCCUAGACGCUGAAUAUGAAAAGUUGGCGCAACUUCGCUUGGAUCAAUGUGAAUCGCUUAAAAAGCAAUGGGAUGUAUACAGAAAUGAACAACGUUUGUUUCGAAAGAAAGACAUUGAAAAAAGGCAAGUAGAAUUUGAUGAAGAACUAUCUAUACUGGACCGUAAGCGUCGAAUGAAAUGGAAGAAUAACAGUAACAUGCAAGAGUUAUCUAAAGAUGAGAUGCGUAUUCAGCUAUCAGAGAAACUCAAGGAGUACGUCGAGCAAGAUACAGAUGAGCCAAUUAUUACUUUACCCACAGAUUUACUUGAAUACUUUUGGUUACUGGAUAUCGAAAUCCCUAUCAUGAAAUCUGAACUUUUGGAUACAAUUAGUUUACUUGACAGCCAUUGAUUUGUUACGGUUUCAUUUUCUUCUGAAACAGUAAAAAAAAAAAAAAAAUGAAUAUUUUCCACCCUUUAUAACCCUAUUCAUCCGGCUUUUUCUUUUUUUUAUUAUUUUCAUCUACUUAAUAAUUAAAAUGACAUACUAAAAAAAAUGUUACAAGACUACACUUUAUAUCCGUUUAUGCAGUUACCGAAUUGCGAAUUGCAUGAACAAGGAGUACAAGGUAUACCAUGUGAGGACGCUUAUAGGAAGAUCAUUUCUCUUCGGGUGUAUUUUGCUAUUACGAUAGUCAAUUUUAUAUUUAUUGUGGGUACAACCAUCUAUUUCGUCUAUCGACUGAUGUCCGCGAAUUGGUUAUCACGUCCACCGGAUAUGAUGUAUGUAACAAACGAAACUAUUUCAAAA